UAUAUUCUACUUUAUCAUUCAGAAUACUAAAAUUUUAAAGUACGAACCAAUUUUUCCAAGAUGUCGAAAACAGUUUAUAUAAAAAUGGUAAACAAAGAAAAGAUGUUUAAUAUCUACUAUCUUUAAACAAAAAGUGCAGAACAUCAUGGUCUUUUCAAAAUCGAAUCACUCAAAGUUAGAACUUCAAUUUUAGCCAACUGCAAAGUUGGCAAACCCCAAACAAGUUGAAAGCUGCCAAAGUGCGGAAAAGUGAGGAAAACCGAACUGGCUUUUCUGCUGGCCGUGGCAGAGGAAACGUUAUUUCCAGGAAAUGCACUUAACUCUUUCACUUCGUCUCUUUCUUUCUUUCCCACUCGUGCUGAGCGAAAAUUUGAGGACCCAAUAAUAUCGCUAGGAACUUUCUUUUGAUCAAGUGCAAAAUUGGUGUGCGAAAAACGCCAGCUGGAAAAGCUCACUCACUCGGAAAAUACGAAAAAUUAGCGACGACGGGAUGUGAGAACGAAAGCGAAACAAUUCCGAUCCGAAGAUGCCAAAGUACAGAUGCCAGAAAAGCCCAUGGAGCUAAUUAAGCCGCCUCGCAUGAGUGGUAUGUGGGGCUCUCGGGGGUCGGAGGUUGCGGGUGGCUCUGCGCCAAGGUAAAGCACUAACUGCAACAUCAACAUCUACAGAGUAACAGCAACAAGAAACAGCAGCAGUAACAAGAGCAACAUCAGCGGCGGCAGCAGCAACAACAAUGAUGAGAAAUCGCUGGCUUCCUGGCUUCAUGAAGAAAUAAGUCUAGAGUGCCAGUUGAGGAAAAACUUGUUCAUCUUCAGCUCUAACGAGCUAACGGAGCGACAAGCGGACCAACCGAGAGCUGAUGGGCGGACUGGCGGACAGGCCAACGGACGGACGGACGGACGGACGGACGGACGCUCUGAUGGACGGACAACGGUGAGCGAUUCCACACAAAACGAGACGAUAGGUAAACAAGCAACAACAAGAGCAGCAAGCAGCGGUACAAGUUGCAAAUGGCAAGUGCAAGUGUAACAGCAGCGGCCUCCUGUACUUUCCUAGAGAUGGCCUCGUGAUCGCGAUAACUUCAUCGUCUCUUAGAUCCAAUACAUCUAUGUCAUGGAUUAUAAUAAUAAUACAAUACUAUGAAAACCAAUAAUAAUACAGAUAAAAUAUCCUUACAAAUUUUUGUAAUAAUUUAAA